CCAAACCCCUUUUUACGCCUGUUGGAGAGCUGCACCAAACCGAUCCCACCAGCACUUACCGGCUACAUGUGGGGGGAGAAACCUGCAGAGUGAAACCAAGCAGAGGACGCAAACUAAACGCAGCGUUACUUUUCAGUGCACGGAGGAACUGCGCUGGUUUCUGCUUCUUCUUCUGUCCCCAAACGGAGCGGUUCAUUGCGCGUAAACUAGUGAAAGUUGGGUUCCUGAGUGGAAAUGUGGAAGUCUGGACAGUGAGGACUGGUGUUGUCUCCACGUCGAGGAAUAACGUUACCUUCGCGGGGUGUACGAGCGCAGGUUGCGGAUAAAUUGGAUAAUUCAAAGGGAGAAAACUAGUAAAACUUUACCUUAACGAGGAGCGAAGCGGCGUCCUGAGGAGUUGGACCCAGUGUAAGGUUUGGACUAAUCCUCACGGGAGCUAUGGAAAGUUUGGAAAUGACAGGAAAAGCGUACUGAGCUUCCACAGACGUCUCACCAUCGAGUACCAUCCUGUCUGGUCAUCAAGCCUGGCAACCCUACUUUCUGUGAAAAGCCAAAUGUUCGUUCUGUUGUAGGCGAACCGCAGUGGAUCAGGUUGAAUUGGGAAAGAUGUGUUUUUAAACCAAAGCUGCUGGGAGAUCAAGAGGUGACAUGCCUCUGUAGAAGACCACUGGAAACAAAUGCUCUGCUGCCAUGCCUCCGGGGAUGGUACGUCGUCUUUCAGUGCUAGCAGUCCACGCACUGCUGUCCCUCCUGCUGCUAGCCGUCGACUGGCCCUGUACUUCACUACCCAGUGUUGUGGCCCAAGCAUCAGACUCUUCCCACUCUGAUCUUUACCCCACCUUUAUCCGGAAUGACACUCUGUUUGAACACCUGGCCCUCCAUCCUGACCCCAGCGUGGGUCGGGUCUAUGUUGGAGCCCGGGAUCACCUGUUCCAGUUAGAUCGAUUCCUCCAACCUGAACUCCAGGAUGACACCGGACCGGUCACAGACAGCCGGGAGUGUUUGCCUCCUGUAACUGAGAGCAACUGUCCUCAGGCAAGAGAAACCAGCAACCACAACAAGCUGCUGCUGGUUGAUCCUUACUCUAUGGAACUUAUUACCUGUGGGAGCGUCAACCAGGGAAUCUGCCAGAAACGUAGUCUGGAUUCUGUGGAUACAGUGCUUUUCUCCACUGAGAGGCCGGUGGAUACUCAAUACGUAGCAGCGAACCACCCCAAUGUUAGUACUGUCGGACUCGUGGUUCGCUCUCAUCCUGACAGGCAGCCGGUGCUGUUUGUGGGUCGGGGUUACACCAGCAGCCAUCCACCUAUUUCCACACGAAACCUCGCCCAGGAUCCUGUGUUUUCCUACGAGGAGACUGCCAAGUUAGCCGUGGCUGGCCGCCUCUCAGAGUACGACCAUCAUUUUGUGGCCUCGUUUGCCCACCGUCAGCAUGUUUACUUCCUCUUCUACAGACGGGACCUAAAGUCACAGUCGCGCGAGUAUCGAACUUACAUAUCUCGUGUGUGUUUGGACGACCAGGCCUAUUACUCCUACGUGGAAGUACCCUUGACGUGUCGAUCCAGGGCAGGUAAAAUUUACAACCUUCUGCAAGCAGUCCAACUGGGGUUGUCCAAAGAGGGUGGAGAGAGCCAAGGUUCAGAGUCUUUGCUUGGUGUCUUCUCGACUCGUCUGGCUUCAUCUACUCGGCCCAGUGAAGACUCGGCUCUUUGCAUGUUUAACCUCGAGGAUGUGGACCGCAGGAUCAACUCCACCAGAGACCUGUGCUACACACAGAUGGGCAAAGAAGCUGGUUUGGAGGCGGCCUACAUCGAGUACGAAGUCAAGUCCAACUGCGCCAACCUGCCAGAGAACACCCUGGACGCCUACCCCUGCGGCUCUGACCACACCCCCAGCCCGAUGGCCAGUCGCAUCGCCGUGGAGGUUGAGACUAUAUUGGACAGCCCGUCUGCCCGUCUCACCGCCGUGGCUGUCAGCGUGAGGGCGGGACAUACCAUCGCCUUCCUGGGAGACUCCAAAGGGAACCUGCACAAGGUGUUCUUGGGUCCAAACGGCGAGGUGGAGGAGUACUCUGUGAUCCCUGUACAGAUGAACACAGCCAUCAGCUCAGACCUGAUCCUGGACCAGAAAGAGGAGCAUCUCUUCAUCAUGACCAGAAACAUGCUGCAGAAGAGGCCGGUGGCUGAAUGCCAGCAGCACACCGACUGUCACUCCUGUCUGCUGGCCCACGACCCCUACUGUGGCUGGUGUGUCCUGGAGGGAAGGUGUGUGCUGAAGUCACAGUGCAGUCGUGGGAGCCAGCCUGGUCAGUGGCUGUGGAGCUUCGACAUGGAGCAGCAGUGUUUGACCGUCCAGGGCCUCAGCCCCUCCAACGUCAGCAGGGAGGAGAGCAGGAUGGUUUCUCUGUCCAUCCCAGGACUUCCGGUGUUAGAAAAAGGUGAAUCCUACUCCUGCUUCUUCGAGGACAGCCACAGUCCGGCCGCCGUCACUGAAACUGGAGUCACCUGUCAUUCUCCCGACACCAGCCGAGUUCCCAUGGUGCCUCCAGGACAGGAUUUUGUCACAGUCACCUUGUCUCUUCGUUUUGCCGACGUCACGGUCACAGAGAGGGGUUUCACCUUCUACGACUGCACGGCUGUUAAGCAGCUGUCUGGCAGCAUGCCCUGCCGUGGUUGUGUUUUGAGCCGAUGGGGCUGCAACUGGUGCGUCCACCAGCACUCGUGUACCCACAAACCCACCUGUGACGAAGGCGUGAUCAUCUACAACCAGCAUUUUAAACUCCCCACCUCACCUCCUCCCACCGCCAAAACCAUUAAAGUCAUCACGGCAGCCGCUACCACAACGGCUGCCCCGACAACCAUCACCACGACAACCACCACAACUCCUCCUCCCACCACCACCACAACAACUAUUGCCACUACGACUACCACUGCGGCCCCUGUCACUAUAGCAGCCACCCAGGAGCCCACCACCCCUCCAGCACCCACCACUCCACUCAUAACCUCCACCAGACCCGAGCCGACCACCCCGCCCAGCACCCUGCCGCCCAGCACCGCAGCACCCACCACCCCUCCACCUCCAGAGUCCGUCACCGGGAAGGAAGAAGAGACAGAAACAGGCGAGCUCGUCGUCGUCAUCCAAAGUCACUCCGGAGAUGCUACGGUUACAACCAGUGUCGCCAUGGGGGCGGCAGAGUUGAUGCCCGUCACCGUGGCAGACGGUCUGAGCGGAGAUCAGGACACCGUGAUGCCUCUGAUGAUCCCGGACUCUUCACCUCCAGAGGUGCUGAGAGAGUCGACACCCAACGUCUCCCAGGAAGCAGAGGGGGUGGUGAGUCUGGCCGAGCCCCCCAGCCUCGGCUCCUCUGGCUUCCCCCUGCCCACACCCUUCCCUGUGGGCGAACCGGUCGACUCCGAGCCCCACCUUCACUCGGAUGUGACUCCGACGCUGCUGCCCCCUCAAGACUCCCAAACCGAGGCAGGAAGCCCGGACGCCGACCCCGAGGUGAUCCUCUGGCCGAAAGAAGCCGACGUCCCCGCUGAGGGUCCCGUCCAGUCAGAAAACGAAACGGCUACGUUUUCAGCCACUACCGUGCUCUCAGGUGACGGUGAGGUCGACCACGCCCCCCCGUCCUACCCCCAUCUGCUGGAUACCGACUCAGAGCUGGACUACCAGUAUGAUUCAGCUGAUGCCUUCCUCCCGGGAGACGAAGGCUCCUACGUCAGCUGGGGCUCCUCAGCUUGUCCCUGUGUGGAGAAGGUCCAGGGUUCAUCGCUGCUGCCUGUCAGGGUGGAGAGGAAGAUCACUUUACUGGCUCGCAACCUGCACUUAUAUCAGGACGCAGAGCUGGACUACGAGUGUGUGUUGGUGAUUGAAGGCCAGACGGUGGUGGUGGACGCCUACGUGGAGACUGAUGAUAUCAAUCCAUCAAACUUUGACAUCACUUGUCAACUACACAAGUACUCAUACUCAGCUCUAGUGGAGGAAUAUAACGCCAUGGUCUAUGUGAAGAGGAGGGACACCUUCCAUGUGGAUAGUUCUCCUGAUCUCUACGUGACUCUGUACAACUGCUCUGUGGGUCGAUCCGACUGCAGCCGCUGCCACACGGCCGACCAGAAGUACGGUUGUGUUUGGUGUGGAGGUCCUCAGGCCAGCUGCUUGUAUUCAGACUCCUGCAGUGAACCCGUACAGCAGACAUGUCCAGCCCCCGUCAUACACUCAAUUGAGCCUCUCUCCGGCCUGUUGGAAGGAGGAACCAUGGUGACCAUCUCAGGCUCUAAUCUGGGCCAGAAGGCUGAGGACAUCCUCCAGUCUGUGCUGGUAGCUGGGGUUCCCUGCACGGUUCUUCCCAGCAUGUACGAGGUCUCCUCCAGGAUCGUGUGCAGGACCAAAGCCAGUGGAGGAGAGAAGACAGGCCAAGUGUCUGUGAAAGUCAGCGGAGGAGAGUUUGGUUUGUCCAGCCAGACAUUCAGCUACCAGGACCCAUUUGUGAUGGGGGUGUCGCCUGAAAGAGGCCCCAAAGCUGGAGGAACAACUCUGACCAUCACCGGCCGAAACCUGCUGACGGGUCGGCCGUCUGACCUCUCUGUGACUGUAGGAGGAGUUCCCUGCAACAUAGUGUCAGAGGUGCAGAGCUCCAGUGUUCAAUGUGUGACGGGCAGCAGCAAUAAAACAGGAGAUCAUCGAGUCACGCUGCAUUACGGCGGCAGCCAGCGCCACCUCAACCUCCAUGGUUACCGCUACACCCACAACCCCAACAUCACACACGCCACACCGGCCAAGAGCUUCCUGGAUGGCGGUCGGUUGAUCUAUGUGAGGGGCCACAACCUGGACGUGGUGCAGGAGCCUCGGAUGGUGGUGACCGUCGCUCCCUUCGAGACCAUCACUCAAAACAAGAGGAAGAAGCGAAGGAGGAGGAAGAGGAGGAGUGCAGAGGAGAGGAAGGAGAGGGAGAAAACCCUGGGAAGGAUGGUGUCUGACCGGGUCUGUUCUGGAGACCCUCUCUGCUCCGUCAAACAGUUCACGGAGCGCUGCGAGGUGAACUCCUCCUCCCUCAUUCUGUGUCGCUCUCCAAUGGUGGAUUUAUCCGUGUGGGGGUCCAAGGUCACUGUGGAGUUUCUGCUGGAUAACCUGCGAUUUAAUUUCAACCGUCUGAGCCCUCAGCCCUUCAGCUACGAGCCCAACCCCAUCCUGACUCCCCUGAACCAGCAGGACCCUCUGAAGGCCUACCGCUACAACCCCGGCAGCUUCAUCCAGCUGGAGGGGGAAAACCUGGACUUGGCCAUCACUAAGGAUGAGGUGGUGGUGCUGGUCGGGGAGGGUGUUUGUGCUGUGAAGACUCUGACCAGAAACCAUCUCUACUGUGAGCCGCCGCCCCAGCAGCCUGCACCGGGAUCCAACGGCAAGAAACGCGAGGGCUCCGACAACCUGCCUGAAUUCACUGUCCAAAUGGGCAACCUGAACUUCUCUCUGGGUAAGGUUCAGUACGACAACCUCAGCCUGUCCACCUUCCCUGUGGAGGCUCAGAUUGGAGUUGGAGUCGGGGCCUCCAUAGUGGCCCUCAUCGUCCUGAUCAUCGUGCUCAUCUACAGGAGAAAGAGUAAACAGGCUCUCCGGGACUACAAGAAGGUUCAGAUCCAGCUGGAGAACCUGGAGACCAGCGUGAGAGACCGAUGCAAGAAGGAGUUUACAGACCUGAUGACUGAGAUGAUGGACAUGUCCAGCGACCUGGUGGGCUCAGGGAUCCCCUUCCUCGACUACCGAAUGUACGCCGAGCGCAUUUUCUUCCCCGGCCACCGGGAGUCUCCACUGAGGCGAGACCUGGAUGUCCAGGAGUGUCGGCGACAGACGGUGGAGCAGGGCCUGGUGCAGCUGUCCAACCUGCUCAACAGCAAACUCUUCCUCACUAAGUUCAUUCACACUCUGGAGAGCCAGCGAACGUUCUCUCCCAGAGACCGAGCCUACGUGGCCUCGCUGCUGACGGUGGCCCUCCACGGGAAACUGGAGUAUUUCACCGACAUCCUCAAGACUCUUCUGAAUGACCUGGUGGAGCAGUACGUGGCCAAGAACCCCAAACUGAUGCUGCGAAGAACGGAGACGGUGGUGGAGAAGCUGCUGACCAACUGGAUGUCCAUCUGCCUCUAUGCUUUCCUCAGGGACUCAGCAGGAGAGUCUCUGUACAUGCUGUUCAGGGCAAUAAAGCACCAGGUAGAUAAAGGACCGGUGGACGCUGUGACCGGGAAGGCCAAGUACACCCUCAAUGACAACCGCCUGCUGCGUGAGGACGUCGAGUACAAGACCCUGACGCUGAACGUCCUGGUUCAGGGCGGAGGAGUGAACGAGAGCCAGCCGCUGCCCUCCAAAGUGCUGGACUGCGACACCAUCACACAGGUGAAAGAGAAGCUGCUGGAUCAGGUGUACAAGGGCACCUCCUUCUCCCACCGACCCCACGCCGACUCUCUGGACCUGGAGUGGAGGUCUGGUGUUGCCGGUCAUCUCAUCCUGUCCGACGAGGACUUGACCUCCGUGGUUCAGGGCAACUGGAAACGCCUCAACACGCUGCAGCAUUACAAGGUCCCAGACGGUGCAACAGUAGCUCUGGUCCCCCGACACACGAAGCACAUUCACCAUGACAACCACGACUACGUAGCAGGAGAGAAGACUCCGAUGCUGGAGGAUGCAGAUGAAGGUGGAGUGAGAUUGUGGCAUCUGGUGAAGGCCAGCGAGGAGCCGGAGCUGCCCAAACACCGCCGAGGCAGCCUGAGAGAGCGAGAGAGGGCCAAGGCCAUCCCCGAGAUCUACCUGACCCGCCUGCUGUCCAUGAAGGGGACGCUGCAGAAGUUUGUAGACGAUCUGUUCACAGUGAUCCUCAGCACCAGUCGUCCCGUCCCGCUGGCUGUCAAAUACUUCUUUGACCUUCUGGACGACCAGGCGGGACAUCAUGGCAUCUCUGACCUGGAAACAAUCCACAUCUGGAAGACCAACAGCCUCCCGCUGCGUUUCUGGAUCAACAUCGUGAAGAAUCCUCAGUUUAUCUUUGACGUUCAGGCGUCUGACCACGUGGAUGCUGUACUCUCCGUCAUCGCACAGACCUUCAUGGACUCCUGCACCAUCGCUGAGCACAAACUGGGGCGGGAUUCUCCCAUCAACAAGCUGCUGUAUGCCAGAGACAUCCCCCGCUACAAACAGAUGGUGGAAAGGUACUAUGCUGACAUCAGGCAGACUAUCUCAGCCAGUGACCAGGAGAUGAACUCUGCUCUGGCUGAACUGUCCAGGAACUACUCCGGAGAGCUCAACUACCUGGUUGCAUUGCACGAACUCUACAAGUACAUCAACAAAUACUACGACCAGAUCAUCACGGCGCUGGAGGAGGACACCACGGCACAGAAGAUGCAGCUCGGCUACAGACUGCAGCAGAUCGCCGCCGCUGUGGAGAAUAAAGUCACCGACUUGUGACAGAGGAAACGACUGCCAGUGUUACUGCAGACGGCACAGUGUGGGAGACGAAUAAGAGAGAGAGACGGGCGCCCUGGUGGUUCAACUUUACCCACUGAUGGGGAAACAGACUCUUCUUUUUGAGGAGGAAUGAUGGAAGUUAAGAUUUUUGUUUGGUUUUUUUUUAAGCGAAGGAUCAGAAGAUUGAGAUUGGUGUUAAAGUUCGCAUCCAAGGACCUUUUUGUUUCUGGUGUUUGCUGAUGGAUACUGAGGCCUUGAGCUCGCUGUAGAAUCAGGACGGCAGGCGGACGCUGAACCGGCCCGGACCAGGAAACGGCGGGUGUUUAAAAGACGCCGGUCAGGUUUGCUGUCAAACUGUUCACUUUAUGAAGAGUCAUUUGGAGUGUUUUCGCUCCAGAACAAGUACUGGAGUCACGCUGAUCCACUUCCAGCUGAUCUAAUCUGAGGACUGAUUAAAUGGGCAUUUUAUGUCGCCGUUUUCCCUCUGGAGUCAGUUUCAUGAAACUGUACCUCUUCUGCCUUGUGUGCUUGUCGCUGCUGUACGUUCUGAAGUCAUUUCUGUGUGUGUGUGUGGAUGGUGAUUUGUGUGUGUUUGUGCAGCUCUACACUUUGCCCUGGUUGUCAAUCUACAUCCUGUAUCGUCACAUUUCUGCUUUCUACAGUCUUGAAGUAACUGGGUAUUAUAUUUCACAUCUAAGAGUGAGCAGUAUUUGAAAAGCUGAACUUGAAGAGAAUUUUUUCACAUUUUAAAAAAGACUUGGUCACAACUUUCUUUAGAGCAAAUAUUAAAAAGUUGUAUUAAGUCACUGCCACUCUCUACCUCAGCCUAUCGUGCUGCAUCGACUGCUCUCUUUUUCUGUCGUGUUGUUAACCCAAUAAAAACACCAUAUGAUGCUUUUCGACCAGCUGCAUCUGCCAGUGCAGCAGCAGCGCACAGAUCUGCCCUCACACGCCUGCUUUCCAAGCUGUAAACACACAUUUCAGAUAUUUCUAGUUCAUUUUUUUCUGUGUGAGUUAUUAGAGGCGCAAACCUGCUAGUUGGAGCAUUUUAAGGUACUUAAACCCCGACUGAGUUUACUGUUUCUUGCUUUUAUACAUAUUCAUGUGGAUGUGUCUAUAGUGUACAAGUCACUGGAAAGUCAAUAGAGAAUAAAAACAAAACUCAUGUUAAUGAAGUGCAGUUCUAGUGUGCACCAGUGUUUUAUUGUGUGUUUCUGUUUUGUACAUGUUUUAACAUUCCUUUUAGGUUUGUGAUAAAUCCUGGUUCAAACUCCAAGCUGAGGCUACGGUACAUGUUGUUGGUGCACAGUUCCUGUACUGAACACCGGGUGGCACUGUUUCCUGUCAUAACGUUGUCUGUCUUUUUAUUCCUUUAAGUUAAUUCUGCUACUGGUUCAGUAGAGAUAGCUGAUCCUUUGAUACAGUUUGAAGUCUUUUCAAACAGGACCUAAUGUUUGCUUCUGUACUUUUUAACGAAGGUGGCUUUGACAUUUGUUGAUACUGAUCUCUGGUACCCCUAAAAAAGUGUUUAUUAAAAGCACUUUAUCUAGAUUGAGGUUAGAUAUCUGCCCAAAUCCAUGUGCAAACCUGGACACAGCACCCAGACCAGUGUGAAACCAUAGUUUUAGUAAAUCUUAUAUACACAUUUAUCAAAUAUCUUCCAAUCUGCCGUUGUUAAAUGCUGUUUUAUUCUCUAAAUCACAAUAUCUGUAAGGAGACUAGACUCCAACUUCACUACUCAGCUUCAUCAGUACAUCAGUCAACACUACAGGCAACAAGUCUCCUCUUAAAAAGUAAUGAGACUUGAUUUGCAGCCCUUUUCUUCACUGACCAAAACAGAUGAGGAUUUGUGUCCAUCUGAAGAUUGAGUCUGAAGCGUGUCAGAAUGUAGCGCUUAGGUUUGUCACUACAUUACUUAACACAGCAAACUAAUGACUCAUGUGAACAGAAACAGAUGGUUUGUUCAUCUGAGGGGUGGGGAGGAAGCUCAGCGAUGGUCGAGACGAACCGUCUGAGGGAAAAACUGUAACUGUCGUUAGGCUGUAUAAAUUUGGCGAUGUAGAGCAGGCUCUGCAAGGAGCGGCUUUAGGGAUGUUUCAUAUUUUGUGUGUUAAUAUCAUUGUACAUACUGAUUCCAAAUGUAACUGUAGUGAUUUAACCUGUUUAUUAAGAGAAGUUGCAAAUUCUCACAGAUGUAAUAAAGUAUUCUUAAAAUGA